GUCCAUGGGCAUUCUACUUCCUCCUGUGUCGCAAGUGACCAGCUGCCAUUCCAUCCUGAGUUCGACGAAUUCGACAUAUUCGCCGGUAAAUAAUUCGACACUGGGCUAUGUGGCACCUGUACAUCCACCAGGACACUCUUUAAGUAUAUACACAGGUGCAAAUUAUGCAAACUCAUCAGGCCUGGUACAUCACCAGCAACAUCACCAACGAAAUCGAAGUUUAGAUUCGGUUCUGCAAAGGAUACCAGAAGUUGACAUUACGCCAAGUCCGACGGAACCACCACCUGCUGAUCACACGCCCAUUCACGUUGGACAUCCUUUGAGUGUGCAUCAUCUGAAACUGAAAGCUCAUCAAAGUCAAGCACAAUCAGAAACGUGCGUCCAGUCCAUGACAAUUAAGAAUAAACCUUUAUCCAGCAUCAUAUCGUCAGCAAAUCAGAGCAAAAACCAGAGGAACGAGAGAGAUGAACUCACCAGUCUGGGAUCUGACGAUUCUGGUAUAAUGUGUGGUUCAGAGAGCGGCGACAGCCUCCGCCUGAUCAAAACCCACCAUUUAGACCUGAACCUAGUAAACCAGCCCAGGAGCAGGACGGAAAGCCUAGAAGACGACUCCGAUCUGGAUCUAAACCUAGAUGCAAACUCAGACGAUCUGGUCAACCUGGAAGAAAACGGAGUAUCACCUACCUGCAAUCAAGAUGACAUUGUCACAAGUGAAACAAAUGAACUUUUACCAGACCAAAGUGAACAUUCGAACAAUGUUGAAUCGGUGCAGGUGGUUAAUUUAGUGCCCAGGAUAAGUUUAGAGGAUAGGUCGAGUGAAAUGGUGGUGGACGGUUUGUGCCAGAAACUUAAUGGAAAGUGUUUUGUUACGGACUCAAAUGCUGAGAGUUGUAGUGGUAAGGAUGAAGAGACUGGUGUUAAGAUUGAGAAAGUCGAUGGUGGUGAAGAAGGAGUUGUGGAGAUUAUUAGCAAACAGGAACCGCCUUCCGGGGCAGGAUUUAAGGAUUUCACCCUGCGCCUGCUGGAGUCCAAACUCUUCGACAUGUCCUUCGCCAUUCACUAUUUGUUCAAAUCGAAGGAACCAGGAGUCCAGAUGUACAUCGGCAACAAGAUCUUCUCCUUCAAGGACCAGGAUGUCGACUUUUAUAUUCCUCAAAUGGUCAGCAUGUACGUCCAGAUGGCCGAUGUGGCGGAGGCUAUUCAUCCUUACUUGGUGCACAGGUGCAGGCAGAGUGUUGAUUUUUCUUUAAAAUGUGCUUGGUUACUCGAGGCUUACAGUUCUGAUGCUGAAUUGUCGACGAAGAAGAAGUCACAUGGAACCAAGCUACGGAAUCACAUAUUAAAUGAUGAGUUUAGGCCAAGAGAUUCAGAAAACCAGCGCAAAAAAUCAUCACAAGGCGGUGUAAGUCAAAACGAGAACUCCCUUGCCGUCAACCAGACAGUGACCAACAGAUUUCUAUCCCCGAUCAAAAAGACCCAUCAGAGAUCACAAUCGGAUGCCACUGGACUUUACCAAGGUUUAAGAAGACUGAUCAAAGCUCCAUUUAGUCCUAAAUUGACACUAGGCGAUUUGGACAGUGGACGUGCCUUCGAUAAUGGUUGUACCUGCUUCGAUUCUCGAACAGGAGCCGUUAAUGAAUUGAGAGGACGGAGAACUUACUGCUCUUGUGGGGCUCCGAGGUUAGCUCCACAAAUGGAAUUCAUCCAAAGUCUACUGACCAUCGGUCGAUUAUUAGCCACAGUACCUUCCAAAGAGACAAGGACUGCUCGCCUGCAAGCACAACUUGGUAAAUUGAACUUGAAUUUACCGGCAAGGGUUUGGCUACCUAUACAUUCAAGAACACCACAUCACGUUGUCAGGAUUCCACCACAGGCUAGUGCUUGUCUGAAUAGCAAGGACAAGGCGCCUUAUAUAAUAUAUGUUGAGGUUUUGGAGGUGGAAGACUUCUACGCGUGUCCUGUACCUGCCAAAGUCAUGGGCACUAAUUUGAGGCAUACCAAGAGCGAAGAGCACCUGUUAAUAAAUGCUGCUAACACCAGUAAUACAACAAAUUCGAAUUCUGCAGAAAAUGGUGAUGCUUCCAAUAAUGUUAUGCUAGAGGAACCACUUUGUGAUGCGAUUGUUGAUGCUGACAACUGCUGGUCGCAAGAGGACGAUGAAAUAUCACAACAGUAUCUACAACUCCGGACGACUUCACGUAACAAUUUGGAGCGCGACACGAUAUCCCAGUUGUCACAAUUGUCUCAGGAUUCAUCAGAGACUACGAAUAGCCAAUGUGCUUACAAUGGUGUUACGAAUUCUGGUGCCAAUGGUGGAAGCAAUCAGGCUGGUGGAACCCAGCAAACUAGUCAUAAUUUUAAUCCUGGCGACAUCAGAAGAAGGUUGUCUGAAUGUCUGAACGGCAGCGAAAGGGAGAAGAACUUUAAACACGAUCCUGAAGAUCCUUCAGCUGCUGCAUUAAAGGAACCUUGGGAGGAUAAACAAAGAAGAGUCAGGGCUGAUUCCCCGUACGGUCAUUUAUCAAAUUGGAGACUCUUGUCUGUGAUUGUCAAAUGUGGAGAUGAUCUGCGUCAAGAAUUGAUGGCUGAGCAGUUGUUAAGGAUGUUGCAACAGAUUUGGCAGCAGGAACGUGUACCGCUUUGGUUAAGACCUUACCAGAUUAUGUGCAUAGGUAACGACUGUGGACUGAUUGAACCAAUUUUAAAUACGGUGUCCCUGCAUCAGAUCAAGAAGCAUCGUCUGAACUUGUCUUUGUUGGAACAUUUUUAUAGAGAGUUUGGUUCAGCAAAUUCUGAAGAAUUUCUUAUGGCACAAAGGAACUUUGUUGAGAGUUGUGCAGCUUAUUGUUUAGUCUCUUACCUAGUCCAGGUUAAAGACAGGCAUAAUGGCAAUAUACUCCUAGAUUCAGAAGGCCACUUAAUCCACAUUGAUUAUGGAUUCAUAUUGUCCUUGUCUCCAAGAAAUUUGGGAUUUGAGAUGUCACCGUUUAAGUUGACCCCAGAAUUUGUGGAAGUGAUGGGCGGCUGUGAAUCUGAUCUAUUUCGAUAUUUUAAGGUUUUGAUGUUGCAAGGUUUGAUUGCUGCCAGAAAACACAUGGAUAAAAUUACUGGUUUGGUGGAGAUCAUGAGAAGUGGUUCACAACUCCCCUGUUUCAAAUCAGGUGCAGGAAAUACUGUGCACGAUCUCAAAAAUCGUUUCCAUUUGUCUCUGACAGAGGAUCAACUUUGUGAAUUGGUGGAGCAUCUUGUCGAGUCCAGCAUGCACUCAAUAUCGACUAAGUUGUAUGAUAGUUUUCAGUAUCUCACUAAUGGAAUUCAGUAAAGCCAACUUGUAUAAAUAAUUAUAGAUUUAUAAUGAUGAUAGAUAAAUUUUUGUAUAUU